GAUCUCUCAAUAGGUUUGAUCAUGUCAUAUCUCAGUUUUAUGAGUUAAAAGUGUUCAUAUGGAAGUUAAUGCAUAUGCAGAUGUCGUGUUCUGACGAUUUAAACCUUAAUGGAUUCAAAAUACUUCGUGAGAAUGUAUUAUUCAAAGAAAACUUAAAUAAUAUAAUAUUAUUAUUAUUAGAAAGGUGUGUUCAUAUUGUAAAAUGUACGUAGAUAUUUUUCAAUUCACAAAACGUUUCUCUAAUAAUAAUUAUAAAAAUAAUAAAUUUUAGUGAAUAAAUAAAUACUGAGUAGACUAUUAGCACCUACUGGCUAUCACAAUGAAUAUUGAUUCACAGAACGUGUCCCAAAGAUGGGUGAUGGCAGUUAUGGGAAUGCUGGGCGUGACGAUGGCGUUCGUGAUGCGUGCAUGCCUGGGCAUCACGCUCACGCAAAUGGUCAGUCCCGUGGUUGUAGAUGGUGAUCCAAGGUCCACCGUCCAGUAUGACUAUUGCCCGAUGCCACAAUCAUCAGUGCAGAGUCAACUUAUGUCUAACUUAACCACCAUGGCUGAGGUACAAUACCAAAAUCGGUUUGAUUGGGAUGAGAAGACACAGGGUGAGAUUCUAUCGUCAUUCUACUAUGGUUACAUACUCACGCACUUACCCGGUGGUGUCUUGUCCCAGAGAUUUGGUGGGAAGCACACGAUGGGCUUAGGAAUACUGUCCACAGCAAUCUUCACGCUCAUAACGCCAUACGUGGCAUAUAUGGGUUCCAGGCCUCUAACUAUCUUGCGGUUCGUUGAAGGACUCGGAGAAGGCACCACGUUCCCUGCUCUUUACACUCUUCUAGCACAGUGGGCACCGCCAGAUGAGAAGGGGAAGCUCUCUACGGUAGUGUUUGCAGGUGUGCAAAUCGGUAAUAUUUUCUCAAACUUUUUGAGCGGUUUUAUCAUACAAUAUAUACCCGGUGGUUGGCCAAACGUUUUUUACUUCUUUGGUGUAAUUUCAUUAAUUUGGUUUGUGCUCUGGUGCUUGUUCGUUUACAAUGACCCGAACUCCCAUCCGUUCAUAUCGGACAUGGAGCGUGACUACUUAAAACAGUCAAUUGGAAGUCUGGAGAGAAAAAAGGAUUUGCCGUCAACUCCUUGGAUAUCCAUAUUGACUUCGUGGCCAGUAUGGGCGUUGAUCAUUGUUGAAGCAGGAAAUGACUGGGGUGGUUUUACGAUUAUCAGUGAUCUCCCAAAGUAUAUGAGUGACGUCUUACAUUUUUCCAUUAUGGAGAAUGGUUUGUUGUCAUCUAUCCCUUACAUUGCUCAAUGGAUCACAUCGAUCUUAUCAAGCAUUUUGGCCGACCGACUUAUAAGCAAACGAUUGAUGAGUGUUACUGCGGUCAGAAAAAUUUAUGCUAUUAUAGGAACUGUAGGUCCAGGUCUGGGGGUGAUGUGUGCUUCGUUUGUUGGAUGUAACAAAACAAUUGCAACCUUAUGCUUUACACUGGGUGUAGCAUUAAUGGGAUUCUGUUAUCCUAGCAUUCAUAUAAAUUCACUGGAUUUAUCACCUAAUUAUGCACCAACUAUAAUGGCACUAGCCAAUGGUAUUUGCUGUUUGUCGGGAAUGGCCACUCCGUAUGUCGCAGGGAUUCUCACACCAAACAGAACCGUUUUAGAAUGGCGUCUGGUAUUUUGGAUUAUGAUGGUUGUUAUGACGAUAUCAUCUAUGAUAUUUGGGAUAUUUGGAUCCGGUGAGUUGCAACCAUGGGAUGACUUGAAACAACAUAAUUUAAAAGAAAAAACAAAGAAAGAAUUACCUAUAAACAAAAUAUUAUAAAGUAUAAUAUAUUCAAAAUUUACAUUUAAUUUUUUAAAACUAUUAUAAAACUAUUCCAUACAGUACCUAUUUUAUAUUAUAUGUGACCUCAACCUAAAUAAUUUGUGUAAUGAAAUAAUUCGAAUAUU